AUGGGUAUCAAACAGAACGCCCCCGAUGCGAUCAAGACGGGGGAGAUCAAAAAUCAUUUUGGCCGCAAGGUCGCCAUUGAUGCAUCAAUGAGUAUCUACAGUUUCUUGAUUGCAGUGCGCUCAGAGGGUCAACAAUUAAUGAGCGAGUCCGGCGAAACAACAUCUCACUUGAUGGGCCUGUUCUACCGUACUCUACGAAUGGUCGAUAACGGCAUCAAGCCUCUUUACGUCUUUGACGGAGCCCCGCCAAAGCUGAAGUCAGGCGAACUGGCCAAGCGUGGUGCACGUAAGGCCGAGGCAACCGAAGCCCACGAGGAAGCCAAAGAGACCGGUACCGCCGAAGAUAUCGAGAAGUUCUCACGACGAACAGUCCGAGUUACUCGUGAACACAAUGCUGAAUGCAAGAAGCUCUUGUCGCUAAUGGGCAUUCCUUACAUUACUGCGCCCACCGAGGCCGAGGCUCAAUGUGCGGUUCUCGCGCGUGCUGGAAAGGUUUAUGCUGCUGCGUCGGAGGAUAUGGAUACGCUAUGCUUCGAGUCGCCUAUUCUUUUGCGCCACUUGACUUUCAGUGAACAGCGCAAGGAGCCGAUCCAAGAGAUCCAUCUUGCCCGGGCCAUGGAGGGCCUCAAUAUGGAUCGUGAUCAGUUCAUCGAUCUCUGCAUCCUUCUCGGAUGCGAUUACCUUGAGCCCAUCCCCAAGGUCGGACCCAGCACGGCUCUCGCCCUGAUCAAGGAACACAAGACCCUCGAGAAGGUGCUCGAAUAUAUGCAAAAUGACCCAAAGAAGAAAUACGUCGUCCCAGAGAGCUGGCCGUACCAAGAUGCGCGGGAACUGUUUGCCAAGCCGGACGUCCAUGACGCGGAUCACCCGGAGUGCGAUUUCAAAUGGGACGCGCCGAACGUGGACGGAUUGAUCGAGUACCUAGUCGGGGACAAGGGAUUCAACGAGGACCGCGUGCGCAACGGUGCCGCCCGUCUCACUAAGAACCUGAAGAGUGCUCAACAGGCCCGACUGGAGGGAUUCUUCAAGCCCGUCGCGCGCACAGAUGACGAGAAGGCCAGCUUGAAGCGCAAGAAUGACGAAAAGAUCGCUCAACAAAAGAAGCGCAAGAAGGAUGAGGCUAAGGCCAAGAAAGACUCGAAGGCGAAGCCUCGUGCGGCCGGCUAG